AUGUGUAGAAAGAGUCUAAAAAGUGCAUGGGAAAUGGAAGAUUUUUAAUCAAUUCAGUUUAAGAAUUCCUCUUCUAUUCGUUUGAGCAUCGAAAAUGGAUACUACAUGAGCUCUGCAUUAGGAGAUGAGAUAUACAGUUAUUGUAAUUCUUGCUAUGACAGUGUAAUGUCUGCAAGCGAAUAUGUAGUAAAAGAAAGACUUUAAAAUGAAAAACUACUCGAAGAAGUAAUGUAAUACAAUAAAUAACUUGAAAGCUAGAACUAAUUACUAAUACAAAGUGUAGAAAAAGAUCAAUAGCAGGAAUGA